AAGUGGAUAUAAUAACCUGUUACUGCUUGUGAAAACAAACCUCAGUGGAUGUGGAUGAGGUCUUCUCUACCGAGGGAGAAAUAAUCGCAGCCUUCCCUCAUCAUGUGAUAUUAAAUGUCUUCCCUUUUCUCUACUUUUUGCUUUCUUCUAUGCACCUUUUUUCCGCUCCCUCAUCUCCCCUGUAUCAAGUCCUUGCAAGGAGUUUUUCCACUUUGCACUGGUCUGCUAAGCUUAGAGUGUGUGGCUAGUCACCACACUGUCUACUGUAUCUCUCUCAACUGUGUGUGUUUCUUUCUCUCUUUUUCACUCACUCUCUCUCUCUGUGAAAAUGUGUGUGAGAGGACUUUGGGCAGCGGCUACGUCAGAGGCAGAGAGGAGUUGAAGAGAGAGAGAGAGAGAGAGAGAGAGCGAGAGAGAGAUGUGGAGCUGAGUUGACAAGCAAAGCAGCGACUCACUCGCAUUCUGGAGCUUACAGCACAGAGCCUCUCCUCUGUCCUUUCUCCUCGUUCUCACUUGCUCUGCUUUUCUUCACCACUGGAGGACUUUUGCACUUCUCCUUCAGUGGAGUUUGAGGAGCCACAGCUUCAGUUAGAGUUCUGAAAGGAAACAGAAGACCAGAAUAAACACGAAUGAUGGAGGAAAAGAAAGCGCAGAAAAGGAGAAAGUGUUAAAAGAGACAGGAUUUGAGUAAGCAAGCGGGGGCAGACAGUUGGAAAAAAUAGACAAGAAAAAGUGUGCGGGCACUGAAAAGUAGUAAGGAGUGAACUGUAGCAAGUGGACCACUUGAAGAGUAAGACUGACAGGUGAGACUAAGGAACAUUGGAAGUGUAGCAGUCCUGGCGGCCCACAUGCCCAUCGAAUUCGUGUGCAAAAUCAAGUUUGCUGAGGGAGAUGAGGCCAAAGCGGCCCCACCCAAAGGAGGUGGUGGCAGCCCGAUGGACAAAGGAGCCGGCAUGGCUGACCUGGCUGCUUUCGCCAGCUCCUCAUCCCUGCAUGGCUUGGCCCAGGCAUUAGGGUCAUCAGGAUCAGGCCGGGCAAGCAUGAGACGGACAGUGUGGGCACUGGCCCUGCUGGCAUCACUGGUACUCUUCCUGUACCAAGCGUCCCGGAGCACAGGUACCUACCUGGAGCAUCCACAUGUGGCUGCACUGAACGAGGAAAGCCGGCGUGAGCUCACGUUCCCUGCCAUCACGCUGUGCAAUGUCAACCGCUUCCGCUUCUCUGCGCUCACCGAUGCUGACAUCUACCACCUGGCCAACCUGACUGGGCUGCCUCCAAAAAGCCGUGGCGGGCACAGACCGGGUGAGCUGCACUACCCGCCUCCUGACAUGCUGGACAUCUUCCAGCGCACGGGCCACCAGCUUGAUGAAAUGCUGAAGAGCUGCAACUUUAGUGGACAAAAUUGCUCCGUGCAUGACUUCAACGUGGUAUACACACGCUAUGGGAAGUGCUACACCUUCAAUGGAAACAAAACCUCACCAAAGCGGACACGGCAGGGGGGCAUGGGGAACGGCCUGGAGCUGAUGCUGGAUAUACAACAAGAUGAAUACCUCCCCAUUUGGAGAGAGACCAAUGAGACCACUCUGGAGGCUGGGAUCCGUGUUCAGAUUCAUAGUCAGGACGAGCCGCCUUACAUCCACGAGCUGGGCUUUGGAGUCUCACCAGGAUUCCAAACCUUCGUGUCCUGCCAGGAACAGAGGCUGUCAUACCUGCCGCAGCCAUGGGGAAACUGUCGUGCGUCGUCAGAGCCAGUGAUCCCCGGAUACGACACCUACAGCGUGAGCGCCUGCAGAUUGCACUGCGAGAGCGUCCAGGUGCAGAGAGAGUGCAACUGUCGGAUGAUCCACAUGCCAGGAAACGCGGACAUCUGUACACCAGCGAAAGUGAAAUGUGUUGACAGAGCACUUGCUUUGUUGGAGAUGAGCGCAGGCGAUUCAUGUGUGUGUGAGACUCCGUGUAACGUCACACGCUAUGGAAAAGAGCUCUCUAUGGUUAAAAUUCCCAGCAAAGGGUCAGCACGCUUCCUCUCUCGCAAGUACCACAAAACUGAGGAGUAUAUCAGGGACAACUUCCUCGUCCUGGAUGUUUACUUUGAAGCGCUGAACUACGAAACGAUCGAGCAGAAGAAAGCAUACGACAUAGCCGGGCUGUUAGGGGACAUUGGAGGCCAGAUGGGACUUUUCAUUGGAGCCAGUGUUCUCACAAUAUUAGAGAUACUCGAUUACAUCUAUGAGGUAAUCAAAUAUAGGAUCAAAAGGCUACUGAGACCACAAAAGUACCAGAAUCAGCAGAGCCAGAGGAACCAGAUGCAGAGAACAAAGAACCGCCAUGAUCUGAAUCUUAGGGCCCAGCUAACACCAAGCACCAUUGCAACAGUCAGACUAGAGGAAUUUAAGCCCAAAGAGGCUAGUGAUGGGACGAGAGCUCAACCACACAGUGUAUAUCCAGCUUCAGCGUUGCCAAACCACCACACACAAGCCAGUGGACAGCAGGACUUUGCUUGCUAGGAGAUGAUUUCUUUUUAGCUUUUCUCACCAUCUACGAUAAUUUCUCAUUAGACUUUUGGCCUUUGGAUGGAACCACAGACUGCAAUUGGACAUUUAUUUUUAUCACCUGGGAACGCCGCAGCCAAAGUCAAACCCACAGAGAGUUCACACUGAAUGCCCAUUUUAAGGCAGUGCAAGGUAUGUGUCUAGGUGGGGGGUCAAACUGGCUCAAACUGCCUCUGUUACAUCAACAUGUCAGUCUUACUGGCAUCGUCCUGCAGUAGCACCGGUGGAACAAGGCCAAUUUGAGUCACACAUACUGUAUGUCAAUUAUGUUCUUCAGUAGACGUUUAGCAUUUUUAGGGAGAAUUCUUUUUUUUUUUUUUUUUUUUUUUACAUUCAGAUUAAUCCUCUCACUGGAGCAGGACAAGCACAACACAUUUUUUCUUUACUAAAAGGUGUGAAAUUCCCAAAUCUUUUCCUUCCUUUUUUAUUUUAUAUUUAAUAACACUAUUUUAUUCUCAUUGAAUGCAAUAUUUCAAAUGAUCACUUUUUUUUGCACACACUGUAAAGCAUCAUUAAAUGGUACUUUUACAGUCGUUUAGCCUUUUUAGGGAGGUUUUUGCAUUUUUAGAGAAAAAUGAGACCAGUGAUCCCUAGCAGUCUUGACAUGAAAAAAAACCUCAGCGCAUGUUCACCUCGAGUGAUAAGUUGCAUCUUAUUUUCUUAUUUCAAAUUCCUGAAAGGAUGACCAGAAAGGACUGAACUGCUGGACCAGUGUUUCAUUUGGAUUGUAACUAUAGUCUGAAAUUGCUCAUUUCUUAGUGCACUUGAUGAGAAUUUCUAAAACACACCUGUUUUCUCUGGCUGCAUUACUCACCCCAUUUUCUGUCUUGUAUCAUCUGAUUCAGUCAUGCAUGUUCUCACAGAUCUGCUAUAGACCCUUGCUGGGAAAUGCCAACUGCAGUUCUCAUGAGAACAGAAUCAUACUGAAAAUGCCAACUUUGCCAACAGGGUUGAAGUGAGUUGGCAAAGUGCUCAGUUAAAUCAUUUUGGUACUUUUCCAUGUGUCAUGAUUCUUAGAAUGAAACAAUAGCCUAUAGUGCCUCUGGGAGUCAAAUACUAAUAACAACUUGUCCUAGAAUCAAAGGAAAAAUCAAUAUUUGCUCAAAUAUUGCCUGUGGAUGUGACCAUCACCACAAUAUUUAUUUAUUUAGU